ACAAUUCCUCAUCUCUCCAAGAAGAUGAAGAGAUAGAUAUGGAGGCUGUCAACUGGCAGCUGAACAACACCUCCAUGAAUGGGCAUUCAUCUACCCCAACCACAGUUCGCUUUCCCAGCUGGGUGACUUUUGAUGACAAUGAAGUCAGUUUUUCCCCGCAGAACCUUUCUCCCUUGAAAACAGACACCCCACCUGCAGAAACACAGACUCCAGAUGUUAACUUUAACCUCACUACAUCCUUUAAGAAAAGAGAACGUCCUAAAAGCACAUUGGGGGACCUCUCCAAAAUUCAAAAACUAGAUCUCUCCUCCUUAACCAAGUUGCCUUCUGUUGAAACACCACCGUGGAGUGCUACUAAUCCCUUCCUGGAUGAAUCUCUGCGAGAUGUCCAGCCCUCACCCAUCAAUCCAUUCAGCUCAUUCUUUGAGGAGCGAGACAGGCGUUCCAAAAGCUCUUCUCUCUCCAGUGCUCCAGGCAAAAGCCAAAGAGACUCUCUCAUUAUUCUCCAUCAAGAGCCUGAUACCAUCAGUUUCCAUGAGGCAAACAAAAGUGUAACCCACACAGAUGCUGUAGAGCAGCUCAAGCAACUACAGAUUGGAGACCCAGAUCAUGUGAGCAACCCUGCCUUGCCUGAUGAUGACCCCAUGAUGCCAUAUGAUCUGGAUGCAGCCUUAUUUAACCUGGCACCAGCUCAGCCAAAGGACGGAUGGCCAAUGAUGCUCAGGAUCCCAGAGAAGAAGAAUAUUAUGUCAUCCAGGCACUGGGGACCAAUAUACGUCAAGCUGACUGACAGUGGAUGUAUACAGCUUUUUUAUGAGAAAGGACUGGAGAAACCUUUCCGGGAAUUCAAACUUGAAAUCAAUCAUGAGAUUUCAGAGCGCAAGCUCCAGAACUAUGAUGAGAAUGGAAGGAUACACAGUGUGCGGUUGGACCGCACAACCUACAAGGAGAAAAAGAAGUAUCAGCCUAAGCCAGCCAUUGCUCACACAGCAGAGAGAGAGCAAAUCAUCAAGCUUGGGACUACAGAUUAUGAAGACUUCCUUAGCUUCAUCAGUGCUGUGCAGGACACGCUAAUGAACUUGCCAACCUCAUCAACAGAUCUGAGCACAGUGGGACUAAACUAUCAAGAAGAAGAAAUCACGGUUGAUGUCAGGGAUGAGUUUCAUGGCAUCUUGGCCAAAGGAGACAGUGUGAUUCUCCAGCACAGUGUGCUGACCCAUAUCUAUGUUCUCAGCUUCCUUUCUGGUCUGGCAGAAUGCAGACUGGGCCUUAAUGAUAUCUUGAUUAAAGGGAAUGAAAUAGUUGCAAGGCAGGAUAUUAUGCCCACUACUACCACUAAGUGGAUUAAAUUAUACGGCUGUCGAUUCCAUUCAUGUGUGGAUGAGGAUAUGUUUAAUAACUCCCGUAUCAUCCUGUUCAACCCUUUGGAUGCCUGCCGGUUUGAACUGAUGCGAUUCAGAACUGUCUUUGCUGAGAAAACUUUGCCCUUUACUCUGAGGACAGCUGCCAGCAUCAAUGGUGCCGAGGUGGAGGUGCAGAGCUGGCUGAUGAUGUCCACUGGGUUCUCUUCCAACUGUGACCCUUUAACUCAGGUCCCUUGUGAAAACGUGAUGAUCCGCUACCCAGUGCCAAAUGAGUGGGUGAAGAACUUCCGCAGGGAGAGCGUCCUGGGGGAGAAAUCUUUGAAAGCCAAGGUGAACAAGGGGGCCACUUUUGGAUCAACCAGUCUGUCUGGUUCUGAGCCAGUAAUGAGAGUAACUUUGGGAACUGCCAAGUAUGAGCAUGCCUUUAAUUCCAUCGUAUGGAGGAUAAACCGACUGCCUGACAAAAACUCAGCUUCUGGCCAUCCUCACUGCUUCUUCUGUCACCUAGAGCUUGGCUCUGACCGGGAAGUGCCUUCGAGUUUUGUCCGCUAUGUAGAUGUAGAAUUUGACAUGCCCACCACUUCUGCAUCCAAAGCCGCUGUUCGGUCCAUCUCUGUUGAGGACAAGACUGACGUGAGGAAGUGGGUCAAUUAUUCAGCACACUACAGUUACAAGGUUGAAAUAGAGCAGAAAAAAAACUUGAAUGAGGAUCUGAAGGGAGAAGAUACUGCAAAUGUCAAUGAAUGUGCUACGCAGUGA